ACUAUCGUUUGCAAUUUCAAACACUCCCCUAGUGGAAGUUGCAUUCAAACUCUGCAACCAUCAACACAAAUCUAUACAAAUCUCUUCUUCACCAUCACUCUAUACAAAUUCCUACUUACCAUUACCACACACACACACAUACUAAUUGAAUCUCCAUUUUCCAAAUCAAACCACAAAAUUCACUCGUAUUGAACCAGUUUCGUUAUCAGCAAUAAUGGCGGAUGCUUCCAGUGACGCUAACGACAUUGAAAAGCUCUACGUUUACGGCGAACGACUCAGCGAAGCCAAAGACAAGUCUCAGAAUGUGGAGGAUUACAAUAGUAUCAUUGAGGCUGCAAAAAGUCCGAGUGUAAAGGCGAGGCAGUUAGCCGCUCAAUUGAUUCCGAGGUUUUUCAAGUUCUUCCCUGGGUUGUCAGGACCUGCAGUUGAUGCUCAUCUGGAUUUGUGUGAAGCAGAAGAGCUUGGGAUACGUGUACAAGCAAUUCGUGGUCUUCCUCUUUUCUGCAAGGAUACACCAGAGCAUAUUUCCAAGAUUGUUGACAUUCUUGCACAACUUCUCAUAGCUGAAGAAAAUGUUGAGCGGGAUGCAGUGCAUAAAGCUCUUAUGUCCUUAUUAAGGCAGGAUGUGAAAGCAUCCUUGACGGCGUUAUUUAAGCACAUUGAGAGCGUUGAUGAACCAGCUACAGAUGAUAAUCUUCGUGAGAGGACACUGAUAUUUAUCAGGGACAAGGUGUUCCCUUUAAAAUCCGAGCUCUUGAAGCCACAGGAGCAAAUGGAAAGGCACAUAACUGAUUUAAUCAAAAAAAGUUUACAAGACGUUACCGGAGCAGAGUUCAAGAUAUUCAUGGAUUUUUUAAAAAGUUUGAGCAUAUUUGGAGAAAAAGCUCCUACUGGACGUGUUCAAGAGCUUGUUGAAAUCAUUGAAGGCCAAGCUGAUCUUGAUGCACAAUUCGAUGUUUCAGAUGGGGACCAUGUUGACAGAUUAAUUUCAUGCUUGUAUAUGGCUCUUCCGUUCUUUAUAAGGGGUGCUUCAAGUAGCAAGUUCCUCAAUUAUUUAAAUAAACACAUUCUCCCUGUUUUUGAUAAGCUUCCUGAAGAACGGAAAGUCGAUUUGCUCAAAAACCUUGCAGAGAGUUCACCUUACGCAGCACCUCAAGACUCGAGGCAGAUCCUUCCCUCUGUUGUUCAGCUCUUGAAGAAGUACAUGCCCUUAAGGAAAACAGGAGAAGAGAUGAACUUCACGUAUGUUGAGUGUAUGUUGUAUACAUUCCACCAUUUAGCUAACAAGGCUCCAAAUGCCACUAACAGUUUAUGCGGUUAUAAAAUAGUGACUGGUCAACCAUCAGACAGGCUUGGCGAGGACUUCACUGAGUUUUACAAAGACUUCACGGAAAGGUUAAAAUGUGUUGAAGACCUGACUAAAGCUACAAUGAAGAAGUUAACACAGGGACUGGGUCAGCAAAAUAAGACUAGUACUGCUAUAUCUGAUGAAGAAAAAGCUAGAAUUAAAACUCAAAAGCAGAAUGCCACAACAGGGUUGCGCACCUGCAAUAACAUUUUGGCAAUGACACAGCCAUUGCAUUCAAAAUCACCUUCGUUUAUUGGAGAUAAAAGGAUUAACUUAUCCUGGAAUGAAGCAGGGAAAACUGUAGCUCCGGCAAACACAUCCGGAGGGAAACGACCUGCCAACGCCUUAAAUGGUUCAACCAACCAAUCAAACAAAAGGGGCCGUGGAGGUGGCAACCAGCUUGUUGAAGGUCAAUCAUAUGGUGGGAGAGGUGGUUCAAGGGGAGGAGGUCAAGGUAGGGGAUGGGGUAGGCGGGGUCGGGGCAGAGGCUAUUAUCGUUAAUUUUGGCUUCCUACCUCAGAUAAGAUCAAUGGCGAGCCGCACUGCUGCAGUUGAGGAAAUAGAGUGAACUUUGACUCGGAAAAAGAAAAUGCAGAAACUAAUCCAGAUUUACACUUGAAUUUGACACUUUGGAUGUUCUGAUUUUAGAGUUAAGUUUUUUUUAAUCAUCUGUAUUUCCGUUGAUUAUCAGCCAUAGGAGAUGUUUGCUAGAGUCUUAAAGUGUCGACGUGUAUGGUUUUCAGAAUCGGAUUUUGUAGUCUUCAAAUAUAAAAUCUGUUAUCAGCCAAUGUAUUGGGAAAACUUGCAAAGAUUCAUAUGUAAUGUCUUUAGACAUGCAACACAUGUGGACUAGAGUUGUGUUUUAUCUAAACAAAAAAAUAAUUUAUUUUA